CUCUAAUACUCCUUUAACGGGAUAGAGGCGGGAAUCUGAAAGUAAAGUAAACAAAAAACCCUCCAAAAAUAUAUUUUCGCUGUAAAAUCCCUCCAGAAAUUCACUUUCACCCUAAAAUCUCUCCCAAAAAAUCACUUUCACGCUGCAAUCGCUAAUCAAGCGGCAUUCUCUUCAAAGUUCAAUCCCUAAUCAAGCGGCGACGACUUCAAUUCUCUUCAAAGUUCAGAAGGUUGCAAAUUAAACUUCAUCAGUCAGAACUCGAAGGUUGCAAAAUUUAUCACUUCAAACUCCGAAGGUUGCAAAAUUCAUCACUUCAAACUCAGAAGGUUGGCGUCUCUACCAUUGGAUUAUCUGCCUAAUCAAGAGUUAUGGCACCAAGUAAGUAAUGGAUGAAACUUGUUGAUGACCGACUUGACGAAACUUAUUUAAUUGGGGUGCAAAAGUUUUUGGAUUAUGCCUUUAGAAGAAUAGGAGAAUUGUAUGAAAUACGUUGUCCGUGCGUCAAAUGUUGUAACACAAUAUUAGGAACACAUGAGACAGUCGAGAUACAUUUGAAAGUAUAUGGAAUAAUUCGAAAUUAUACCUUUUGGUAUCAUCAUGGUGAAGUUGUGGGUGAGCCACAGUCGGAAGGCGAGUUGAAGAUGAUAAUGAAGUAGAAGAUUAUGAGGAUGAGGAUGAAAUACAUGAAAUGCUGAGGGAUUUAUAUCCUAAUCAUGAUGGAGGCACUGCGGACGCUCGUGAUAAUGAUUUACUCGGAGAUGAACCGAUUGUUGAAGCAAAAAAGUUUUACAGCCUAUUGAAAGAUUUCAAACAACCACUAUACCAAAAUUCGAAAUGUUCAAAACUUUCCACUUUGUUUAAACUGCUUCACAUAAAAAGUAUGGGUCGUUGGAGCAAUGAGUCAUUUAUAAUGUUAUUAAAAAUGUUGAAGGAUGAGUUGUUGCAUUAUGAGGCAAAGAAGGUGAUUGGGGACCUUGGGUUGUCAUACAACAAAAUUGAUGCUUGUAUAAAUGAUUGUAUGUUAUAUUGGAAGGACGAUAACUUACUUGAUUCCUAUAAACUCUGUGGUGCAUCCAGAUGGAAAACAGAUAAACAUAGUGGGGAAGCAAAGAAUAAGAAUGGUAAAAAAAUAGCGUCAAAGACUUUACGCUAUUUUCCAUUGAAGCCUAGGCUUCAAAGGUUGUUUAUAUCUACAAAUACAUCUUCUCUAAUGACAUGGCAUCAUAAUAAAAGAGUUGAUGAUGGAACAAUGAGGCGCCCAGCUGAUUCAAUGGCAUGAAAAUCAUUUGAUGAACUUCAUCCCUCAUUUGCGGCCGAGCCUCGUAAUGUUCGACUUGGGCUUGCUAGUGAUGGAUUCCAGCCAUUUAGGAAUUCAAAAACCUCAUAUAGUAUAUGGCCUGUGGUACUUAUUCCUUAUAAUUUACCACCUUGAUUGUGUAUGAAACAGGAAAUUACAUUAUGUCUAUGCUUAUUCUUGGUCCCGAUAAUACAGGUGAUGCAUUUUACAUAUAUCUUCAACCUUUGAUAGAGGAAUUAAAGGAAUUAUGGGAAAUUGGCAUUGAGAACUUUUAUGCAUAAACCAAACAGAAUUUUAAGUUACAUGCUUCUUUUCUGUGGACCAUCAAUAACUUUCCAGCAUAUGGAAAUUUAUCGGGAUGGAGUACAAAAGGUAAAUUGGCAUGUCCAUGUUGCAACAUUGACACUUCCUCAAUCAGAUUGAAGAAUAGUAAGAAACAAUGUUUUAUGGGUCAUAGGCGUUACCUUCCUCUUAAUCACAAAUAGAGGAAUGAUAAGGAGUCAUUUGAUGGCACAAAAGAAAAAAGGCUCCCACCAAAAGUGCGUUCAGGUAUUGAGAUACUUAAUCAAGUUCAAGAUCUUAAAGGGUUGCAAUUGAUAAAGGAUCCAAAGAAGAGGAUCAAGAUAUCACAUGAUGUUCGAAAAGAUAACUGGAAUAAGAAGAGUAUCUUUUUUAAGCUUCCAUACUGAAAAUCUCUCUUGUUGCGACAUAAUUUGGAUGUUAUGCAUAUCGAAAAAAAUAUAUGUGAUAAUAUUAUGGGGACGAUCAUGAAUGCCAAAGGAAAAACCAAGGAUACCAUUAAAACUCAACUAGAUUUGCAAGAAAUGAACAUUAGGCCGGAAUUGCACCCUACCAAAAAUGGAGAAAAAAAUGAAGUUCCAACUGCAUGUUACACAUUAUCUCCCCAAGAAAAACACAACAUAUGCCUUUUCUUAAAGAAUUUAAAGGUUCCAGAUGGAUUUUUAUCUAACAUUUCUCAAUGUGUUAACUUGAAAGAGCACAAGAUUUUUGGCUUAAAGAGUCAUAAUUGUCAUGUUCUUCUACAACAUUUACUCCCUCUUGCACUACGUGGUAUGUUAUCGAAAGCUGUGUGUGAACCCCUUAUCGAGUUGUCUUUAUUUUUUAAUGUGCUGGGAGCAAAGGUAUUAAGGAUUGAUGACCUGGAUCAGAUUGAAGCUCAAAUUCCUAUAACUCUUUGCAAGUUGGCAAAGGUCUUUCCUCCUUCAUUUUUUGAUGUCAUGGUGCACUUGCCUACUCACUUAACUAAUGAAGCUAAGCUUGCUGGACCUGUUCAGUAUCGGUGGAUGUAUCCUAUAGAACGAUGGUUAUACUUUUUGAAAUCUCUCAUUGGUAAUAGGGCUUGUCCAGAAGGUUCCAUUGUAGAGGGUUACCUUGCAAAUGAAUGUAUGACCUUAUGUUCAAGGUAUCUGCAUAGAAUCGACAUAAAGUUUAAUUGGCCAGAACGAAAUUCUGAUGGUGGUUUAAGAAAUUCUGAUGGAGGUUUAUCUCUAUUUUGUAAAUUUGGAAAAACUUUAGGAGCUCCAAAACAGCUUGAUCUUGAAGCAGAUGAAUUGGAGCAAGCAUAUAUAUACAUACUGAAGAAUUGUGAUGAAGUUCUACCAUUUCUAGAAGAGUUCGCACAAAUUCAUGUAGAUUCUACUCAACACUUGUCUGAUACGGAAUGGAACAAACAAUUUAUCGAAUGGUUGCACAAUUGUAUAAAAAAGAUGAUAGUCGGCUCAGGAGGAUCUCCUUGCACUUUCAUGUGGUCCUACCCAAUAUGUAUUACAUUAUAAUGGCUAUAUUGUUAACGGAUAUAGAUUUCAUGUUGAAGAUUAUGAUAAACAUUUAAGGACUCAAAAUUGUGGUGUGGUUGUUGUUAGUGAGACUGGUGAACAUAGUGAGAAUAUUGAUUACUAUGGAGUUUUAACUGAUGUUCUUGAAAUGCAAUUCACUACAAGAAGAGUGAUUUUGUUUUGAUGUAAUUGGUUUGAUGUGUAUGAUAAAAAAAAGGAAUUAAAACAGAUGAAUAUGACAUUGUAAGUGUUAAUUGGGGACGAUUUUUGAAAACAAAUGAACCUUAUGUGUUAGCGGACCAGACAUAUCAAGUAUUUUAUGCUAAUGAUAACUCCAAUAAAGGUUGGCGUGUAGCAAGAAAGACGCAACCUCGUGAUUUCUAUGAGAUUUUGCAACCAAUAGAUGGUGAUGUUGAUUUAGAAAGUCAUGUACAAAAUAAAUGAAAAAGAACAACUGAGGUGAAGUAUCUCUUUAUGCCAUUACCAUAUUCAUAUUAUUAUGCAUUCUGAUUACAUGAUCUUUUUAUUAGUACAUUAUUGUUAUAAUGUCUUAAUUUGAU